AAAUGGAAUCGUUCAAUAAAUUACUGGAAAGACCGCAAUAUCUCGGGUCCAAAAGCCAUACCAUAUUUCGGAAAUACUUUAAGCCGUCUCUUAAAGCCGAGGCCUUAUGUGGAGUUGGAGUGGUAUAACACUUACGGCCGACUCUACGGUGUGCACGAAAUGGGACGGCCGGUGCUAAUAGUGGCGGACCCGGUGCUCAUCAAACAGAUACUGGUGAAGGACUUCGACAAAUUUCCUAACAAUGGUAUUAAGUCUUCAGACGGGUUCCCCAAAAACUUGGUCACCGCCAGGGAUGACCACUGGAAACGGUUCCGACUCAUAUUGAGCCCAGCGUUCACUUCAGGCAAAUUGAAACGCAUGUACCCUCUCAUCGACGAGUGUUGCCAAGAGUUUAUGGAAACUUUGAAUCGCAAGCUGUCCAUCAGUGGCGGUCAGACGGUUGACGUCCAGUUGAAGACACUUAUGUCUUACUAUAGUCUGGAUGUGAUCGCCAGCGCAGCCUUUGCCACCAAAACACACGCCUAUUCCCACCCAAACCACCCGUUCGUCACUAAUGCUCAAAAAUUCUUUGCUUUUAAUCGGUUUAAGGCGUUGUCGGCAUUGAUUUUGCCCGCAUUUGUCACACAUAGCCGGGUCUGGAAAGCAGUGGUCGGCGACGGCGGCGGCCAAACGCCGCUAUUGUUUUUUACUCAAAUCGUCGGCCGUUUAGUGUCUGAGCGCAAGAAAUCGGGCAAAAUAUACAACGAUUUAAUGCAAUUACUUAUAGAUUCCGAAAGAGUGGACACCAAUGACCAGACGGUAAGCGCAGAUAAAAAGGCCAGCGAUUCGGCCGAAUCUCAUCGCGUAAUGAAAGGCAUUGGCAUUGAGUUGGCGGCCGACAGACAGGUCUCAAGUGAUGGCCUAUUGGACAAAAAGUUGACCGAAGAGGAGAUAAUCAGUCAAUGCGUCGGAAUGUUAUUCGUCGGCGUCGAGAAGAUAGCGUCGACGCUGUCAUUGUGUACGUAUGAGUUGGCACUCAAUCCCCACAUUCAGGACCGGUUGGUGGCGGAGACCAAAGAGGCGUUCAAUGAAAACACGACAGACAUCGACUACGAAACUCUUCGCCGACUCCCACUCCUCGACGCCGUCGUAUCGGAAACUCUUCGCAAAUACCCAAAUGUGCUCCGCAUAAGAAGAGAGGCCUCGGAGGACGUGGUGUUGAGCACCGGUCGUAGCGAUGGAUCAAAUGUUACGAUCGAAAAGGGAAUGUUCGUAGAUAUACCGGUGUAUGCCAUACAUCACGACACGGACCACUAUCCGGAUCCGUUUGCUUUCAAACCCGACCGCUUUUUACCCGAAAAUAGUCAUCACAUGAAACCCUAUACAUACCUGCCGUUCGGCGCCGGACCCCGUCAUUGCCUGGCAAUGCGUUUGGCAUUAUUUGAAGUGAAACUACUUAUCGCUCAAAUGAUACAACAGUUGCGGUUCUAUGCGGUGGCCGACACUCGUAUACCCCCUGUUUUUGAGUUACCGGACCCCGUCAUUGCCUGGCAAUGCGUUUGGCAUUAUUUGAAGUGA